GGAAAAACUUUGAGGUUGAUAUUAAAAAUAAUGAAAGGACUAAAGAGAUGGAGUCAACCAUUAGGUCUGUUUGCAUCAUGUUAAGGAGAAUUUGAAGAGUUUAAAAAAUGUUUUAUAAAUGUAAUGGAUAAUAAUAAAAAAUGAAAUAGGCAAGUGAUUUAUAGUACAGAUAGGAGGACAUAGAUACAUUUAGAUAUGAAAAUGAUAUAACAAUAAUAAGAAAUGGUGAAUAGGAUAAUAAUAUAAUCUAGCCAUUUUUAGAUUGGAAACAUUUUCCAUUGGGAAUACCAGAAUUUGAGUAACCAACAGCAAUAUAAUCAGAAGGUAUUUGAAGAAUACAUAUAGUUAUACCAAUAAUAUUAUCUGGUAGAAAUGCAUUAGCCAUAGCCUAGACAGGAUCAGGUAAGACUUUAGCAUAUUUGUUACCUGCUUUAGUACAUUUAGAAUAACAUUCUAUGAUGAUAAAAGAGUCUCCAUAACCAAAAUUACUUAUUUUAGUACCAACGAGAGAAUUGGGUGUAUAAAUAUAUGAUUAAUUACUUUAAUUAAUUGAAUAUUAUUAUGGAAAUAAGAAAUAGAAUGAAAAAGAGAAUGGUCCUAAUUUAUUGAAUCUUAAAAUUGUAUGUAUUUAUGGUGGUAAUCCAAAUAAAAAAUAAUAAGUGGAAUUGAUUUAAAAAGGAGUUCAUGUUAUUGUAGCAACUCCAGGUAGAUUAACAGAAUUAAUAGAAGAGGGAAUGGUUGAUUUAAAUAAGAUUACAAUGCUUAUAUUAGAUGAAGCUGAUAGAAUGUUGGAUAUGGGAUUCGAACCUUAAGUAAGAGAUAUUGUAUCUACAAUAAGAGAAGAUAGAUAAACUAUAUUGUUAUCAGCAACGUGGCCUAAUGAAGUUUACUAAUUAUCAAAGGAAUUUUGUUACAAUCCUAUAUUAGUUAAAAUUGGAAAGGGUGCACCAAUCACAUAAAAAAUUAUAUGUACUGCAUAAAAAGAAAAGUUAAAUGUUUUAAUGAAUGUUUUAGAUGAUUUAAUUUAUACUGAUAAAGUAUUAAUAUUUGCUGAAACUAAAAAGAGAUGUGAAGAUCUUAGUUAAAGUCUUACUAAAUAAGGUUAUUUCUGUAUCUCACUUCAUGGUGAUAAAUCAUAAGAUUAAAGAGAUGCUAUUAUGAAAUAAUUUAAAGAUUCUAAUACCAGAUUAAUAUGUGCAACUGAUAUUGCAUCAAGAGGAUUAGAUGUUAAAGAUAUUACUGUUGUUGUUAAUUAUGAUUUUCCUAAAUCUUUUGAUGAUUAUAUUCAUAGAAUUGGUAGAACUGGUAGAGCAGGAGCACAUGGAAGAAGUUUCUCACUUUUAUCUUAUGAAAAGGAUGAAGGAAUUCUUGCUGAUUAAAUCAUAACUUAUCUUAACUCUUGUAAUUAAGAACUUAAUAAAUAAUUAUUAGAAUUUAAAGAUAAAGCUUAGAAAAUUAAGUAAGAAAAAUAAUAAUUAAAACUUUAAUAAUAUAUAGAUAAUACUAAUAAUUCAACCUCUAUUUAUCCACCUAAUAAUUUUGGAUAACCUUCACAUCUUAAAGAUAAUAAUUCAAAUCCCUCCGAAAAUAAAUAAUCAUAUCACAAUUAUCACAAAAAACCUUAUCAUAAACAUAGUCGUAGUGAAUACAAUUAAGAUCGUAAUCAUGAUUAACCAUAAUUACAUUAAUAAUAUCAAAAUUAUAAUAUGGAUUUUUUAAAUAAAUAGUCAUCCGAUCAAAAAUCAUUACCAAACUAACCAUAAUAAUAAUUAUUUCAAUCUAAAAAAAAUUAAAUUGAUUCACGAUAAUUUAAAAUCUCAGAUGCAGAUCUAAACAAACCAUCAGAAAAUUCAUAAGAAUUAGAUCUUAAAAACUAUAAAUUUUUGCCUUAGUCUUAAGAAGAAGGUAAGACUAAUCCAUUUCCAAAUAAAAGACUUAAUGAAUAAGAUUCAAAUUUAAAAUCAUAUAAUAUAGACUUUAGAAAUGAUACUGAUCAUUAAAAUAAAAGAAAUAAUAAUAAGGAAUCUUAAUUUUAUAAUGAUAAAUAUAAUAAUCAAUUCAAAUAUGACAGAUCUCAAAAUAAUGAAAAAAACAAUAUUAACAAUUAAAGAAAUCUCAACCAUAAUAAUGAUAGACCUGUUAAUAAUUAUGAUAGAAAUAAUAAUGAAAGAAAUACAUUCGAUAGAAACAAAAACGAGAGAAACUAUAUUGAUAGAAAUAAUAAUGAAAAAGAUUUAGUAGAUUAAACUAAUAAUGAACGAUUUAAUAAUGAAAGGAAUAAUAAUCAAAGAAGUAAUAAUGAACGAUUUAAUAAUGAAAGGUUCAAUAAUGAAAAAUAAAAUAAUGAAAGAUUUAAUAAUGAAAAAUAAAAUAAUGAAAGAAAUAUCAAUAAUCAUAAUCAUAAUCAUAAUAAUUUUGACAGAAAAAAUAAUGAAAGGAAUUUUAAUAAAGACAAAACCAAUAAUCAUAAUAAUUUUGACAGAAACAAUAAUGAAAGAAAUUUUAAUAAUUCAAUACCUACCAGAAAUUUUACAGGAGUAAAUGAUAAAAAUUUUAAUGAAGAAAUUUUUAAUACCAAUGAAAAAUAAUCAAAUAACAACUAGCAAAUCAAUCAAAUUCAAAAUGAUAGAGUGUUUAAUACAGAAAAGAUUCAAAAUUAUGAUUAUAACUUUGAAAACGAUGACAAAAAUUAAGCUAAAUACAAAGGAUUUUCAAAAUAAGAUAAUACAAAUUAUCAAAAUAUGAAGGGUUAAUAAAAAUGA